CAACCCCCAAAGAGCCGGGUCAAUUCAUCAUUCUCCACUAAAAUGACGAUCCUAAUUGUCGCUCUUUUUGCUUCCAUUGUAGUAUUAUGCCACGGAGGUACUGUAGAAACUUCACAUCCAGCUUCGGAUAAAAUUAUUGGAAAAUAUAUAGAAUUAUCAAUGAAUCUUACGAUUCUUCUCGCAGAUACUGCUAUAGAUGAGGCUAAAAUUCAUCAGUUAUCCAAAGAUAUGGUGUCAAAUGAUUACGACGAGGAUAAAGUGCAACGAGUUUUGGACAAAUUCAUGGAAAGUCUUCCGGCAGAUCAGAAAAAAGAUUUUGGAAGACUUUAUUUUGAUAAAGUAAAACUCGACUACAUAACUUCCAAGGUUCAUCGUGUUCUCGGCUUCUACCUAACACGGCAUCAAAUUCAACGACUCAGAGAUGUAUUGGACAAGAAAUUCGUUGAAGGGGCCUCACGAUCACAACUUGUAGAGGCGAUGGUUGAGGAAUUGACGAAGGAUGUGAAAAGGGAAAAGGCUGUUAAGGCAAUUGAGCAGACUAUGAAGGAUUUGAAGAUUUUCAACAGGAAAAAUCCAGGAUGGGUGGAUAAAGUCGAGGCAUUGUUUAGCCAUGUGCUUGUUCACGAUGAGAUGUGAUAAAUAGAUUUCCAAUUAAUUGAAUAAUUUAUAAAUAUUUAUUGUCGAAAAGUUACACUUCGUUGGUUUUUUGGUUUUUAUUUCUGUAAAAUUAAAGAUAAUGUUGAAUUUAAUAAAUUUUAAAUAUUUUUAUUUAAUAAAUUUUAAU